CUUGGUCUCCCAGACCACUGGCUAUUCAGGCUCUCUCAGCCUAGACCCUUCCAGAAUCCCCCUCACAAGGGUUGUAGUCUCCAGCAGGAGCUUCCAGCUCUCCUGACAGAGCUCUGUCUUCAGGCUUGCAGCAAUAGCAACUGCUAUUCCACCUUCACCACUUUAGAGCUAUGCUCAGAUCUGCCUUAUAAUGUGUGUGCACCUGGACACACACACCCUGCCAAACGUCUGAAAAACCUGGACACAAGACUGAAGAAUCCGUCCCACCCAAUACUCUUUGGAGCCUUCAAGCUUAUAGCC